AUUUAAAGCUAUGUUCUUGUUUAGAGAAUAGAAAACAACACAAAACAUCUCUUUCGACUUAAAACACAUUUACCCUAAUAAUUUGACACUCAGUUUGUUUUUGCAUUUUUGCUUUCAACAAUUAUAAUUGAACUGUGCUUAUUAUAAUAUUGCCAAAAAUAUGUUUAUAGUAGGAUAUUGUUGUUGUUUUUUUGUGACGAAUGGAGCAACCGGAAAGCAAGGUGGCGGUAAUGACACGACAAUCAGCUCGCAUCCUGAAAGCGCGUAGCAGAUCGAUAACGACUUUUGGGGUCAGCACCGUAACGUUAUGCAGAGCUGUCAGGCAUGGCUUGGAAGUCAAGGACCCGCAGCCUGCAAGUGUUUGACACAGAGUUGAGUGCUGACACCGUCGAAUGGUGCCCCGUGCCUCACCGCCACGGAUUCCUGGUCUGCGGGACUUACCAGCUCCAAAAAGGGAAAGGGGAAGAAGAUGGUGCCCCCACCCGUACUGGCCGUUUAUACCUUUUUGAAUAUCAACACAAAGGUUUGACGAGUCCCCCUCUCACUGAGCUUCAACAUAUGGACACAGCUGCCAUUUUAGAUUUGAAAUGGUGUCAUGUGCCUAUAUCAGGAAUGGUCGUGCUGGGGCUGGCAGCUGCCACUGGAGAGCUGCAGUUGUAUACACUGUCAGACUGCCAGGAAGGCGGCAGCAAUCUGCAGGCUCUGAGCAGCGUGGAGCUGGGAGGAGAUCAGUUGGCUUUGUCCUUAGAUUGGUCAACUGGAAGAUUGGACAGCAGCAGUGAUGUACGGGUGGUGUGCAGCGACUCUGCAGGUCGUGUUAGUGUGCUCUCUUUGGAUGACGGUGCCCUGACAACUUUGUCACAGUGGAAGGCACAUGACUUCGAGGCAUGGAUAUCAGCCUUCUCCUAUUGGGACACACAGUUGGUUUACUCAGGUGGAGAUGACUGUAAACUCAAAGGUUGGGACCUCAGGAUCAGUCCAUCCAGCCCUACAUUCAUCAGUAAAAGGCAUUCAAUGGGUGUGUGCAGCAUUCACAGCAACCCACAUCGGGAACAUAUCCUGGCUACAGGAAGCUAUGAUGAGACUGUUCUGCUGUGGGAUGGAAGAAAUAUGCGGCAGCCUUUUAGUGAGAGUUUGCUCGGUGGUGGGGUGUGGAGGCUGAAGUGGCAUCCGACUCAUGAGCAUCUGCUGCUGGCAGCAUGCAUGCACAAUGACUUCCACAUACUUCACUGUCAACAGACUAUGGAGUCUAACAAAGGAGCCUGUCCAGUUGUAGCCUCGUACAUUCUCCACAACUCUCUGGCAUAUGGGGCGGACUGGUCUCGAUUGUCCCUGGAGGAACCUGCUCCUCUCUCCCCCCCUGCUACAGAAGCAAAAGAACUUCACACAGAUAGCGGAGGACACUUGAGGAUCCAGUAUGAAUCUCCCACUGCCAGCUUUGACACUUCCCUAGAGGAUGACUGUGGGCAAUACAUCCCAGAGGGCAUCACUCCACCAUCCACCAGCUCUAAUGCAGGCAACACCUUCACACCUGAUGAUGCUUCCUCAUUGUCAUUUCUUCUUGCAACUUGCUCGUUUUAUGAUCAUAUGCUUCACUUGUGGCGGUGGGACUGGGCACCAGUUGAGGCACAGGUAGCGACAAAUACAUGUUGACCAACGCUUUGAGGACUGGCCGUGUUGACGAUCAUGUGUGUAUUGUAAUAAAUGGUACAGAAUGUACAGUUCUCAAAUUCCAUUGACAUACUGUGGUACUGUUAACUAACUUCUUAACCGGAUAUAUUUUAUAUCAUGACAAGUACAAUAUGUACAGUUCUGGUAAAUUCACUGAAAUAUGGCUAGAUUCAGUUGACGUCGCCCACCACUAAUUUUGCCAUUGAAUUUGAAAUACAUUGAAUAACCCAUGACAACAAAUAUUUUCUAGAUUUAGUAAUGCUCAAAAGGCAAAUGCAGUUUCACCUCCUCUAGGCACCUUGUAGCACAGCUGACUCACUGGCACUGAGCAACAACCGGUGGGGGAGGGUUAAAUCUUGCAGCUGCAAGUGAUUUCUCCCUGCAUUUAUGGUACAUGAAAAAUAGCUAAUACUUUAGGGAGGGUAUGACAAAUUUUUUAUGGUUUUGAAUCGGUGACAUUUUCAUACCACGGUUUACCUUAAAACCGGUUAUCGGCACAUGCCUAUUUUGCACAAACUGAGUGAUGGUGGCUGGAAAAUGAAAAUAACACAAAUACAGAAGGCCAAGGAGACUUCUAGUAAUGCAAAUAUCAUAUCAGG